UUACCCAUUACAUUAUAUUGUGUUUAAAAACUGUCAUGCUCCCGUUUUUAUUUAUAUAGUAUUACUAGCACGGGAAUGGUUCUACAGUAGAGGUGUAGUGUAACAUUAUCAACGGCUAGUUAGUAGUUACUAGAACGAAGAACUGUGCGGGGUUUUACCUGUUGUAGGAACCAGAUCACUCGUGUGUGCUCAGAUAGACACACUUACAUGGAAGACUAUUUGCACUGCCUUCGUGGUAUAGACCACUCAGUGAUGUGAUCAUGUGUGUCAUCUCGUAUGUUAUGGGAAGAACUCUCAUGCCCAGAACAAGUCUGUUGACAGUUAAAAGAAUCUUUCUGUAUCUAGUACCAUUUAUAAGUGCAUGCAAAACUAGUGGAAGAACUUCAGAGUCAAGCGACAUACGUACAGGUAUGCAAAGAUAUCAACCAUCAUCAAGACUGGCAAUCAAAUUUCCACCAUCUCCAGAAACCGAGCAAACAGCGCCUCACAUCAAACCGAUGGGCGAGGCAGAACUCGUAAAAGAAUUCACGAUUGCGCAGUCUGUGGAUAGAGUGCCUGCGUUUGUUUCAUCGUCUUUAGCACCGUGCUCAUCAAGAAUUAUAUACGGAGCCCCACCAGUGGCAGCGUUGAGUCACUUAAGAAUUCUAUCCGAGGCGGCGAGUACUUUAUCUUCCACUACAGUGUGUCCAGCUGACAAUACGAAACAAGACGAAUCAUUGAUGCAGAACAUAAACGUUGAGAGUGACGUUCAUUGUGACGGUGUUGCAAGGUUGGAUCAAUCGAAGAGUAGCAGCGAAGCAGGCAGCAUGCGAGAAACGCUGACUCCAGAACCCACGACGUCCCGUCACAAAGCAAAGUUGGAAUGCCGUCCUGGAGUCUCUAGCCUUGCAGCGUUGUGCCACGGCGCGAUGCAGAUACGUGGCUGCGAUGAAGCAUCAGCGUUGCCGACGACAACCCACGCCCAACAGAGCGCGCGUGGACAACAGCAGCUGGCAGCGUCUGCGAAUGAGCCGGUCGAGCAAAUAUGUUACCUGUUCAACGACAGACGUGCGUCGUCGUCGGACCGCGCCGCCGCCGACAAUGACGACGAUGAGUCGACGCUCGUGCUCGGCAUGGCUGACGUCAUGCCCUUCAACGUCGUCGCCAUCGAGGAAGAGGUCGCGGCAGCAGACUAUGACACUGGCGACGCUGCGGCUGCGGACUAUGAGAUGGUGGCGCCACUAGACGUGAUCGACGUCGCGGAGGGCAAUGUGUCGCGGACCGAUCACACGUACAUGACACCUUCUACUCCUCAUCCUCCUCUGCCGGCGAGGGAGGACGGCGAAAAUGAUGGUCGAGAGGAAACGAGCCGGAGAGAUGAGAUGAGAUUUGGUGACACUAUAGAGGAGGAAGAGAUGAGAAGCGAAAGCGACGCGACAAAGAGUCGCAGUGGACAUUGUGCAACGGCAGGUCUCACAGCUGGAGUUGAGAAGAAAACUGUAGGAGACAAGAAGAAGAUGAAGUUGUCAAGAGAGGAAAAGAUAGCAAAGCCUAAUUAUUUCGUUGCUAUUCAAGUGUCUAGCAAAGAGGUGCAUGAUGCCGUGAAGCAGGUCCAAGACAAGCUACGAGAGCAUGAUGCUAAGCUAGCAGCUGCCUGCAUUCAUCCUGCCACCCUACAUCUGACAAUGGCAGUCAUGAAUUUGGCAGAGGAUGACCUGAAACGGGCACACACCGCCAUGGAAUCAUGCAGCAGUGAGCUUGUCAGCGAUCAGUCUAUUUUUCCUCUGCUGUUGGAUUUCCAUGGAAUUGGCCACUUCGGGAAUUCCGUUAUUUUCGCACAUGUCAAAGAUGGUGACGGCUUGACACGGCUGAGCCUAGUAGCAGGGAAAGUUCGUGAGCAUUUGGAGAGACAUGGAUUAAGGACAGAGAAGAAGCCGUUUGCUGCCCAUUUAACUAUACUUAAGAUGUCAAAAGCACGUCAUCUCCAACGUUCCAAGGUUGACCCUAGUUACUACAAGGAAUAUGAAGAGAUGGCAUUUGGAAAUCAGCAGGUGGAAAGUCUCCAGCUUCUAUCUAUGAAUAAACCCAAGGACACAAAUGGCUACUACUAUUGUAGCAAAGAGGUGAACCUCACAGCUCCAGAUGCGGAAAUGGCUGUUGCAGAUAGUGAUGAACUGGGCAACUAAAGAGCAGAGUUGUGACACUAGGAACAAAUAUAUGAAACAACGAGGACAGGCCACGCAAAGCAUAAUCCCUGGCAGCUGUAUCAAUUCAAAUGAGAAGGUGUAUAUGAUCGGCGAAAAUUAGGAGGGGAGCAGAGGGAGAGAAAUAAAGGAAGCAUACCUAUGUAUAUAUAUAGAAACAAGAGCAUGUCACUUGAAGUCAAAGUAUAGUACAGUCAACCUCGCUUAAUCUGUAAUCACUUUAUUCGUAGAAUGACUAAUUCGUACAAAAACAUAUGGUCCCAAUAUUUCUCUUCUUUAUUCCCUUUAAUUUCCAUUGUAUAAUUUGUAUUCUGUAAUUCGUAAAUUCGUACAAUUCGUAUUCUGUAAUUCGUAGUUCGUACAAAAUUCUCUGGUUCAAUUAACAUUAUUAAAUUCAAAAUGACAUGCGUAAUUCGUAGGGGAUGUUUGUUUAUGCAAGCAACAUUUUAUCUUUGAGAAUAUUUAUAAACACUGCCACUCCCUCAACAACUAAAAUCAAUAAGCCAGUUCGUUGCAUUGAGCAUGCGCGAGAUUCGGGAGUGAACUUUUGCCAAGGUCAAUUGUACAUAAACCGCUCGUUGUGUCUCCGUUCUGUGUGAUAGCAAGUGGAACCGUACGUACUGUAUUUGUCCAAGUUUGAAGUAAAAUCAAAUUUAACCAAUAUUUACUCAAUAUAGAAUGUGCGUAAACUUCAAUAAUCGUUAUACAUGUAGAACAAAUGCAUGUUGUUUUCCAUAGCUUCUGUAUAACAUGCAUGCAUAUUAUGUAGUAUACGGCAAGUGUGUACGAGCGAACGCGCGAUCCAGCUGUUCUGUUAUGUACAAAUAACUUUGUAAAAACUUUCAUGCAUAAAUCGUUCUUUACACGAAUUAUCUAUCUAUUUCGUGGUUUCUACGGAUUAAAUAGAAUUCGUGGAAAAUACGAAUUAAGUCUAAUUCGUUGAUUACAUAAUUCGUAGAAAAUGCCGUGGUCCCGUCUGAUACGAAUUAAGCGAGGUUGACUGUAUUUAAAAUUAAAAAAAAUGACAGGACCGCCAUUUUACGUGGUCAUCCGAGCCACGGGAGAUUCACAGUCUCCCCUAAUGUUGAGAGCCUGGUUUUUACAACUCGAGAAGAUUUCACUGCCUGACCGGAGUUUGAACUCACAGCCUUCAGAGUGAGAGGGGGCAGUAUAAGUGACAUAGCCACUUACCCACUGAAGCUCUCCAAUUGAGGUUUGAAUUAUAAUGACUGAAGUAAUUAUUGUUUCCAUUGUUACCUUUGGUUGAAGUGCAAACUGCAACUGUGCAAGAAGAGACUAGAAAGAAAGUGAUAGCCAGAUGUAGGAGCAGGUUUUGCUCUUACACGAGCAAAGUAGUAGAUAAAAAUGUGAAUAUUCAUGCAAUACAAGCAAUGAAAGCAAACAUUGUAUUCAAAUAUUUUGCUCAAAUAUAUUUCUUAUAAUACUACAUAACAUCAUUAUCUUGAACACUCUACAUAAUGGCAUUAUACAUAGUUUUCUAUAUAGUGGCAUCGAUGUUUCUAGUUUGCCAAAUGUAAUGCACUCAUGCACGUGCACAUACAUUUAUAGAUAGAAUAAUGUAUUCAUAGUUACAGAUUUUAUAGGAAAAAAUCCUUUUGAUUGCUGUUACAUUUGUAUAACAAUAUGAUAUCUUUGAAUAGCAAUUAGUGUAAUAAAUGAGUUGAGGUAA